GGGCACAUUAUUUGCAGAAGAUCUAAAGUGCUUACUUGAAUAGAAGUGGGUUGUGAACAAGAGGAAAGUUCAAAAACAAUGAAGUGCGCUGCUGCGGAGUCGGAUUGCGCCUCUUCGGUGUACACGUGGAACUCGGAUGAUGAACCGCCGGCUGAAGGUGAGGGAGAGGAGUUCGCCUGUUCGCAGGAUAAGUUGGUUACGCGGCGAGUGCUGCAGCCCGGCGUGGGGCAAGACCGCCCGGGUGGUCGCGAUAGGGUCUUGCUCGACUGGAGACAGGACGUCGAGUGGUACCAGCUCGGAUCGGAUGCACUGCCAUGCGGCCUCGAGUGCGCAGUGCGCAAAAUGCGGCGGCGCGAGGUGGCGCGCGUCUCCUAUCCCAGUGGGGCCUACGAAGAGUUUCGUUCGCCGUUGAUGAGCACAGCGGCCGCGAAUCUCGCGAAAGAAAAGAGUAAAAGCCGGUUUCUGCCGCAAUUAGCGAGCCGGUUGGAGCAAGUACUCGACGCUAGCGAAAAAGAGGCAAGACUGUUCAAGCAUAAGAAACCAGAGGACUUCCAUGACGAUGAUUUUCAAACAAGUGGUGAACAAGAAGGACUCGCUUCUACAGAAAAACGCAGCAAAAGUGAAAUCGAGGAUGCAGAACUAGGUUCAUUAGCAGAUAAAAAAGAUUCAGGAGUCACGGAAAUGAACGAAGAUGGAUCGUCUUCUGAGGAUGCGGACCUAGCGAUGCAGACAGUUGCUGAGGAUGUUUCGCUACUAGAAUUUGUACAUGUAGAGACUCUGAGCGAUGACGUACACAAGGAGGUGCUUCGUGUGAGCAACAGGGGCACGAAGCGUCCACGCGAGGGCGACUCAGUUCGACUGGUUGUGUAUAAGACGGGUGAUGAUAAUGUGGGCGUGCCAGCUGCAGGUAGUACGAUGGACUGUGACGCAGGGUCUGACGCGAGUCCGUCGCGUGGCGACGUUCAAAUGAUGUACGAAGGUCAAAGCAGGGUUGACGACCCCUCUGCUAUAAUCACGACAGCUGAAAAGGUGCUUUUUCGAUAUCCGUUAUCUACAUGGGAAACAGGUACGGGCGGGGCACUGCUUAACGCCAAGGAGCUGCAGGAGGCACUGUCGGAACGAGGGGGAAGCGAGCUACUCGGUGAGAAUUCGUCAAACUACUCAUACGAUGAGACGGUCAAAGCCGUAGCAAAUGCUUUGUUUCUUGCUACAAAAUCGAUGAGAGCGGGUGAAGUAGCCCAGAUUAGCGUGCGGCGAAGUGAAAAUGCGUGGACGCACUUUUGCUUGAAACUUGAGCGUUUUACUCGACACGAAACGCUGACCUGGGAAUCGCAUGACACGACAAAGCGGAUCGCAAAGACGGAGGUAAUACCUAGUCCACGUGAAUUUGCCGCCAACGGGGUCGAAGACGGAGGCUUGGCACUUAUCGCGAUUGCACCAGAGCCAGUGGUCGAUGGAAAGAAACUUUCAUCGAAUGUAGAACGUGCUGGGCGCGUUCUCCGCGUUCGGUCUGGCGGCGCUGUGUUGCCGGAGGGACUAGAUGUCGCCUGUCUUCGCACCAUGUCGCUUUUUGAGGAUAGUAUUUUCGACAUCGGAGAAGGCGCGAUCACUACUGCAUCAGAUAAUGGUGCAAAGGUGUCGGAAUUUCCUUUUGGCACUAUACCGUUCCGUACGCAAGAGCAGGUCAGGACUGCGUCUCUGAAGGCGGCGGCAGAAUUGGAGGGAUGGACAGAUGAUUUGGUCGGCGAGAUGCUCGUGAAAAAUGUGGAGAACUCGUCUGCCACUGAUGAUCGGUGCGCUGGUCUCCUGUUGCAACCCCUGUCCGACCUUACCGAUGCCUUUCGUUCGUGGGUGACAAGUGCGGCACCCGACAAUCCGGCGACCAUUCCCCGGUUUUGGCGCGAGGCUCUGCUGGUGGAGGAGACAUGUCCAGGUUCUACUGGUGAAAGUCCAGUGAAGAUGAACCAGAGCAGGAUAAAGAGGAAAAAGACGAAGCUUCUUCCAUUUAGGCCGCCUGAGUCUGGACGCGGUUGGACUGAUUUCUCAGUCGGUAAAGAAACCGAGUUCGAAAACUGUUUCUCUCGGCGGGCUUCUCAGGCGAAAGUCUACCGUGUUUGGCUUCUCGGCUUGGUGCCGGCUCCGGACCUAUGGGCGUUGACGCCCCUGCAGCGAUUGCAUGUGGCGCAGAGGCAUCGCUGGGUAGGCAAUCAUUUUGUGGGUGCAUCUGAGCCCACAGCGGCUAUCGCAAAAUACGAUGAAGCGUUGUACACGAUUCGCGUCGAUGUUGGCCAGCAUUUGUUCACUGCUUCUCAGACGAGCAAUCGUGGUGCAUCAGCAUCCUCCUCGUCGUCCAAUGCACAACCCUGUUCACAGUAUUCUAUCACAGGCAAAAGCGUUUACGGGAGCGCCGAAGCGGUACCGGAAGUCUACAAAACUUUGUUCGUGACGCUGCAGAACAACGUGGCUUUGUGUCUUACUCGGAAUGGCCGCUUCCGCGAAGCGCGAGAACGAACCGCGCACGUCUUGCGUGUCGAUCCGCAGAAUAAGAAGGCCUUGUUGCGUGAAUGCCAGUGCGCUCAGACCAUCGGAACCAUGGACGAUGCUUUGGAGAAUUUGUUGAGAGCGUUUCCACUGCCGAGUACAACACCACAAUCAACACAUCCAGACCCGGACAUAGCGAAAGCACUGGCAGACGGAAAACGCUUCAUGGAAAAAGAGGAGAAGCGUGAAGCUGCUCUCUUCGCUAACAUGUUUGGAGGGUCGAAGAAAGGGCAAAGCGGGAGAUCUAAAGCGAAGAACAAGGAGGAAAAGGGAGCAUAAAGUCGAAUAUCGAAUCUGAUCUCUUCGUGAAAAAACGGCUUGCCGUUUCAUUGCGGGGAAACAACUAGUUGUAGUUUUCGAUCGAUGAGAAAAAAGUCGUUUCUUGCGACCAAUCACCUCGUUAAGAAAAAGUUCUUUAUAAUGAUCGUUCUUUGCUCGCAGACACGAGGGAAAACCAAGACUGGUUUAGAUUUCUUUGUCGCCUAAAGCGCGAGUACUUGUGAAUUCUUUGCGAUACUCAGCGCUCAACCACAGGAACCGAAGUUUUUCCUGUCGGGAAG